AUUGCAGCGUCUCCUCAGGUGUGUGAUGUUAUUGGGGUGGCUAGGAAAACGCGCUUUCUUUAUUUUUUCUUUUCCCUGAUAAACAACUUUUUAUUGCUGCAAGUGGCGGCGACACUUUUCUAAGUGUCUUUUUAUGAAUGAGUCGCGGCGCCUCCAUGGAGCUGUCUGAGGUGAAUGUCAGCUGCCUCGAUUGCUGGUCCCACGGUCCGAAUCAGAGCAGCAUCCCGGUUCACAGGCCUUCUCCCGGGUUGACCGCGGCGCUGGCCAGCGUGCUGAUCUUUACCACAGUCGUGGAUAUUCUGGGCAACUUGCUGGUGAUAAUGUCAGUGUUCCGGAACAAGAAACUGAGGAACGCGGGUAACAUCUUCGUCGUAAGUCUGUCAGUAGCAGACAUUGUGGUGGCAGUAUACCCCUACCCUCUGGUCCUAGUGGCAAUCUUCCAUAAUGGGUGGAAAAUGGGAGACAUUCACUGCCAGCUCAGCGGCUUCGUAAUGGGGCUCAGCGUCAUUGGAUCGAUCUUCAACAUCACGGCAAUCGCCAUCAAUCGUUACUGCUAUAUCUGCCACAGCCUCAAUUACGACAGGCUGUACAGCAUGAAGAGUACGUUCUGCUACCUGUGUCUGACGUGGGUUCUUACUGCCAUUGCCACUGUGCCAAACUUCUUUGUCGGGUCCCUGCAGUUCGACCCCCGAGUGUAUUCCUGUACAUUCGCCCAGACGGUCAGCCCCUACUACACAAUAACAGUGGUAGUAAUCCAUUUUAUAGUACCUCUGCUAGUGGUCUCCUUCUGCUACUUGAGGAUUUGGGUCUUGGUCAUUCAGGUUAAAAACCGCGUCAAGCCAGACACAAAGCACAAACUGAAGCCCAGUGACCUGCGUAACUUCCUCACCAUGUUCGUAGUCUUUGUCCUGUUCGCUGUGUGCUGGGCGCCCUUGAACUUUAUCGGGUUGGCAGUGGCCAUCGACCCACUGGUGGUCGCGCCAAAUAUCCCAGAGUGGCUCUUUAUCAUGAGCUACUUCAUGGCGUACUUCAACAGCUGCCUCAACGCCGUCAUAUACGGGCUUCUCAACCAAAACUUCCGCAAAGAGUACAAAAGAAUACUGCUAGCGCUGUGCGCCCCGAGGACGCUCUUCGUGGACACGUCCAAAUGUGGGACAGAGGGGAUGAAAAGCAGGCAUUCGCCCGCAGUAACAAACAACAAUCUAGCAGAAAUACAUCUGUAA